GCGUAGUGCGCCACACUAUAACCAUUACCUUCAUGCCUAUCCUGCUUGGACUUUGACAUAUCGGCAAGGAAGUUGCCAGCCCUGAGACGUGUCUCGCUUUCCCCCUCUUAGCCGCGUCUUCUGUAAUAGUAGGUUAGCCAUGAGGAGGGCUGCGGGCCGCUGCGUUGCGCAGUUUUUCCGAGAUGCCAGUCAUGCAUCGUCAGCUUGCAGCACGAGUGGGAGACCUGUUUCAGAACAAGGACCUUCGCUGGCUAAACGACUAAUGGGUGGAAGCAGCUCGGCGGCUCGGUUUGAUUUCUUCGACCCAAGCAGGAAUGUCUACAAGGAGUUCCAACCCAAGUGGGACCGCGCAAACAAAGCCGCCGCCGAAGCGGCGGCCGCCGCUGCCGCCGAAACCGGCAUCCUCCGCCCCAACUACCGCCCAACCGACGCCCCUGCCGCCGCCGCUGCCUCCACCGCCAGCACCCAAACCAGCGCUCCCGCGGUCGCUCCAGUCCUGAAGGACGCCGACUGGCCGCCCGGUUACUCGGAGCUGCUGCGCUCCUUCCUGCAGUCGGAGCUGCCCCUCAGCAGCGAGGAGGCAGGGAGGCUAGUGGAGGCGGCGCGGCGGGGGCUGCUGCCCGCCAGUCGGGAGGUCAUCCGCACGCGGUACAUGCACAUUAAGGACCUGGAGCCGCGCUUCCCCGGCUUCAACGCCCGUACGGCAGUGCUGGGGGAGCCCCGCCUGCUGCUGCACUCGGCCUCCAAGCUCAUGCGGGCCAUGCUGGUGUUUCAGGACCACUGGACCGCCUCCGCCGUGGGGCCCCUCAUGGGGCGCAUUGGGGAGUUCAUCGUGCGCGACCCCGCAGGCGUCGGCGCGCGGCUGCACGUGCUGUCCCGCGCGCUGUCGUACGAUGUGGGAACCACGCUGGAUCCGCGUCAACUGACCCCUGGGUCAGCCUUCCUGACUUGCUCGCCGUACGAAGUGGAGGCGCGCGUGUCGGCGGUGGCGACCAUUUUUGGCCGCGAGGGCGCUUCUCGGCUGCUGGCGGCUGACAUUGACGUGCUGUGUUUCGCGCCACGUCAGUUGGACGAGGCCGUACUCGCGCUGCGUGAGGUGUUUGCCGCCGCGGGUCACGGAGUCCCCCGUGAGCACCAUGCGGGGACUCCUGAGGGGCGUGCGGCGGCGGCGGCGGACCGCGCGUACGUGACAGAGCUCGCGGUGGCUUGGCCGGGGUUGCUGGCGCUGCCUGGGCGGGUGGGCGAGGCGGGGGUUGCGCAGCUGGUGGCAGCGGUGCGGGC